AUGGCCGUCGGGGCCGCGGUGGGCGGGGAGUUGUAUUACCUCCUCAAUGUCGAUAUCGCCCACCUGAUCCGCGAGGAGCAGCUCGCGAUGGAGGAGCUGCGGGAGCGACGGCGGCUCACCACGCCGGAGCGGGAGAAGGCGUUCCCCGACUUCACCGCCCCCGACACCUACGAGGAGCUCCAGCGGCUGAUGCAGGAGCAGGCCUGCGAGAUUGCGACUCAGGAGGCGGAGAUCCGCUCCGCCACGAGCAUGCUCCGCUCCGAGGUGGUAUAUCGCCUGAAGACGUGGUGGAAUCACUCCCUCUCGCACCUGCAGGACGCCGUGGAGCUUUUUUUUAUCGCCCUCGAGCAGCGAAAGGCGUCGGGGCUGCGGAAUAAGAUCGAGACCACCCUCCGCUGUAAUUUAUACGAGUUGGUCGAGCUCCACCCGAUUAGUACUAGGGAGAUGGACGAUGAGGCUUAG